GGAUGCUGCAGCUGUUUCCGGCCCCUGGUUACCGGCUCGUUCACGGUGAAAUGGCAGAGGUCGGUCAGAGGCUGGUCUGCGGAGCUUACCGACUCUCCGCGCUGAGGACCAGCCAGAGUCGAGUGGUGUUCCCCGGCGACAGUCCCGGAUGUCUGCUGGUAAACGUCACCGUCGGUGAAAGCCGGGUUGAAGAGGAAUCAUGCCGGGAUCCGCGUGAAGAGCAACCGGUGACAGAAAGCAGAGUAGCACAAGGCAGAUCCAGAGAGAGCAGAAGAAGUAAGUGUCAACAGGAAAAUGGGAGCGUGCCUCGUGCCACGUCUUUGGAGCUGGAUUCAUUACGUUUUGUCGGGUUCGAUCGAACAAAAGCGAGCCUCCAGGCUUAUGAAACAGCCCUACAACACGCGGCAAGACUGCAGCCUCUCCUCCGGGACAAGCUGCUGCUGCCCUGCAGAAUGACAUCCUGGUCCAGAGGAGCUGUUGACAUCCACCGGGACGUCUUCAGGUCCCAUCAGCAGCUCCGAGCUCUCUGCGUUUUCAUUCUGGCAAAGCAGGAGUCGGAGAGACCAGGCUGUGGACGGAGACUGAGACGUCUGAAUCUACACCCUGAUCCGUCUGCAGCAACUAGAAACUACAGCUGGAGGAGUGAUAGGAGCUCAAAGGAGCCUCUUCUGCACAGAAGCAGGACGGCCUAUUAUGACGUCCUGAAAGUGCCCCCUGGUGCCACACAGUCCCAGAUCAAGACGGCCUACUACAAGCAGUCCUUUAUUAACCACCCAGACAAGAACCCGGGGGACAAGGAGGCCUCCCAGAAGUUCACUGAGAUCAGUGAGGCCUACACCGUGCUAGGCAACAUCAGCCUGAGGAAGAAGUAUGACCGGGGCCUCCUGAACCAGUUAGACGUCCAAAGUGCAGGGAGACCGUCCUCUAAGGACGCCAAGAGCUCACCCACAGCCUCCCCACAGCAGCGGCAUCAAGAUCGUGCCAGGCGCUUCUCCCAAGCCAGCGGGAAGACCAUGUUUGAUUUUGAUGCCUUUUAUCAGGCUCACUACGGGGAGCAGCUGCAGAGAGAGAGGGAAAUGAGAGCCAGAAAGGAGCGCAUGAAGGAGAAGCAGAAGGAAUAUAAGAGCAGGUGGACGGAGGGGAGGAUGAUGGAGAUGACUCUAGUGAUGAUGAUCGCCCUGGCAGGGGUGAUAAUUCUGGAUAUCCGCAGGCCCUGAAAUAGAAGCUGCGACCGGACGUGUCCCUGUGGGGUUACAUGUUAAGACUCUCCGGGGGGAGGGGGGGGAGGGGGUGUGGUUUCUACCUCAGACUGUUUUGCUUGUGAGGCACAUUUCCUGAAGAGGAUUGGUUUUAGUGAAUGUAUCCCCACAAGUUCGAUGUAUUAGAGGACUGGUUCACCAUUCUUAUUCAAUAUUCAGGUGCCAUGUGAACACUGAAGCAGGUUUUGUGUACUGUAAUCAUUCCUCUUGUUCACGCACACUCCCCUCCUGAAGUGGUUUGAUUUAUAGUGAUAGGACAAAAAAAAUCUCAUCCAUGCUAAAUUAUGUUCCAAAGUGUAGAUAAGAUGUCAUGUUUCAAAUUUCAUGGCUUUCUAACAUUUUAAUUAAUUUGAAUUGCCCUAGUGCUGCAACCUCUGCAGGAGAAAAGCCUGUAUGUUCUUCUUACAUUUGUGAAGUUGCUGUGUAAACAUUUUGAUUAAUUCACUUUCUUAGAUACUUACUUCUUAGUAGUGACAAAACCUGAGGCAAAAUUACUUUUUUUUGGCAGCCUUGAAAUAUUUUUUUGUCUGUACAUCCAAAUACUGCACAAGGAUUUUGAAAUCAACUUUACAUGCUGAGCAGCAAACAAUUCAUCUACCCUUCCCCAAUACACUGGUUCUGUAAUGGAGACUAUUACUUUGGAGGGUAGUAUUUGAAUAUAAUCUGCUAUUAGUAAAUGAAAUCACACUUUGACAAUGUUCUCCAGGUGUUUUAAGUGUGAAUACAUUUAUGCAAUGUACAUACAGGAGCUGACAUGUCAUUAGAAAUCUUGAAAUAGUUUAUCUUCACUAAGGGAAACUGUAAUUGAGCAAAUGUAAAAAAAAAUAUUUAUUUUUCUUCGUUUUGAUUUUGUUAUAUUGAUCAAUAAUCACAGAAAAUAUAUAGUCACAAUUACCCAGCAUUUUCUCCCCCAGCGUUACAGGAGCUGACCUCUAGACGGCGUCUGUGUUCAUCACAAUGAUCUUAAAGCUGGAGGCCUGAGGAGCUCAAGGAGUCUUAUCUGUGUGGGGGUGAAACUGAUGCAUGUUUUAAAUGCAUAUAAAAUGUCUAUUCAUUUGGAUUACACAUAUUUAACAAAAACAAACUAAUAAACUUGAUGUGAUGCA